CAACCAUUUCCUCUCUACACGCUCACACGCCCACAGCUCGUUCCUACAACACUCUCUUGAUUGCUCAUCGUCGACUGCCGCACUCCACUCUUCUUCGCUAGAUUUAUUCUGUGGGAGUCAUUUCUCUUCUACCCCUCCUUGCAGUAGGAUUUUGCACCUAGGUGGGGUUGCGGAUGAAAUACUUCUCUCCCUUGGAAACCGCGACAAGCUCAGCACUACGAAUUCCCGACCUUCAUCCUCCAUCUGCCACUCAUCAUGAGUAGCAGAGGCUUCGGCCGCUCUGCUGCUGGCAACGGCUUCGGUGGAGCGACUACACGCUCGACCCUGUCUUUCACUACCCCGCCGCCAGACAUCUCGAAGAUCAGCGAUCCAAACCUGGUGGUGUCGUUCAAGAGUUUGCUGAAGAAGAACGAUACUACAUUAGCCAAGGCUUUGGAUGAGAUCCAAACAUAUGUCAAGUCGCAAAAGGCAGGAGAGAUUGAAGAUGCAAUCAUCAAGGCCUGGUCAGAGUUUUAUCCUCGCACCUCAAUUAACAAUUCUCGACGAGUUCGUGAAUUAGCGCACCUUGUUCAGCACGCGCUAUCGGAUUCAGCGCAAUCGAAAAUCGAACCAUACAUCCUCCAAAUGGUGCCCGCCUGGCUCGCUGGAACCUUCGAUAAUGACAAGGGAGUCGCUAAAGCUGCGAAAGAGGGAUGGUUAUCUUUGCUGAAUACACAUGAAAAGAUGUCCUCGGUCGUCAAGAAGUCUCAGCCGGCUUUUCUGGCCUACGUUCAGGAAGGAUUUGACGAGACGCCGGAAACCUUGAACGAUGAGCGCACAAUGAGUCCGGAUGAUUUAAAGGCAACAUAUUACCGUCUUAUCGGCAAUUGCCUCGAUAUGGUAACAUAUCUUAUCAAAUCAUUAGGCGAACCGGAGGUGAAGAAACACAGUGGCAAAUACGAAGCUCUUUUGGGCAACCAGGAGUUCUUAGGGUGCACUUCAAGCGAUGAUGUCCACUUGCGACGCAGCAGCAUUCAGCUUAUUACAGUCUGUGCCUUCCGACAGCCGUCAUUCAUCAAGGCCAAUCUUAAGGCUAUCAGUCGUGCUUUAAUCGCAGAAGCGCUGAACCAUACACAGCUUGGCACGGCCUAUGAUCUUGUUGAAGCAUUCAAGAUUCUUACAGUAAAGUUUCCUGAAAUCUGGACUUUCCCUAUAAAAUCAAAGAAAGAUCCAAUGACACGUCUUCGAGGGUUCAUCGAGAAGGGUUCACAGCGAGGGUCAUCCGAUUAUUGGAACUCUCUAUUUACAUUGCUGUUAAUAAUCCCUGAAGAGAUCUUACCUCACAAGUUCUUCACGAUGAUGGAGUUCGCUUCCGCAUUCCGACUUGGCAUCAAAAACAGAGAUGAGCCCAGAAGUAACCUUCAGAUUGCUUGGAGUACAUACUUUAAGCUUGUGAUUGACAUGGCAACUAAGCAUCUCUCCGACCCCGACUCACAAGUCAGAUUGAUCAAGGAAGCUAUCUUCCCUGCCAUCCGAAAUUUUAUCCUCCUUGAUCCGGAACAAGCAGCAUGGACAGUUGAUACGCCUGACAAUUUCAAGGAUGUGUUGAUCCAACUCUCAUCUCUAGACCUCGACAAAGCUAGUGAGAGAAUCCGAAAUGCUUUGAAGGCAGAAUUGAAAUCAUGCGCUCAACGAUUAGAAGAAAGCAUGCUCUCACCUGUCCCAGUCGAUGCCCUAGAAGUGAAGAAGUUCGAAGAUGCUGUCGAGUCACGAUUUCUCCGCUGGUUUUCGUUAUUUAAAUGGGUUCUAUCAGAUGCUAAACUGGAAAGCUACCUCGGAAAUCCAGAGCCAAAGGAUGAGAACAUAGUCGCGAUUACAGAUAAUCUGAUUCGCAUGUGCCCUAAAGCCAUCGAACGACGACAAGGAAAAUCAUACGGUGCUGCUUCUGGGUUGUUGACUUGCAUGCGACACAGUUCGUUGUUUGUGGCACAUCACCCUUCUCUGGUAGACUUUAUCAGAGACUAUCUUGAGAAACAGCUGUUCGCGCUUCUCGAGACACCCUGCGGUGAGUAUUUAGUGGCAACAUUGAAGACGUUGAAGGCCUGUCCGGGCCAGCAGGAUGCUUUCAAGGAAAUAUGGACAAGAACAGUCGGGAGCGCCUUGAGAUUACCCAGUGGAGACCAACAGAGUACUUGCUUAGCUUUGAUGCUACUUAGAGGUGAUGGAUCAGAGCUAGCACUGCAAGACGACCUUCUUCAGCAAUUCAUUCGCAAUUGUUCCCGAGAUGCGGUGGUGUCAAAUGACGGUCCUUCCUGGUCUGUCUUCCAUGCUGCGGCUGCUUCCAAAUCCAUCUCCGAUGGUAUGGCAUCUGAGAUUAUAGAUAUCAUCGUCAAUGCAUUGUUGUCCCCCAACGACGACGCAAUCGACAGUGGCUUGAAGGCGUUGACAUCUCUGUCUGAAAAAGAUGUGUCACUCUUGGUAUCAUCCCAGGAGCGCAGACUUUCUUUACUCACGCUCUUAAUGAAUCUGAACGAGUACGACACUACUACAGCUCGGAGAUCGACCGUCGCGGCUUUGACUAAAGUCCUUUCUGAAGGAGGCACUGACUCGAAUGGUCCAAGUGACAAUCCACAAAUUGCGGUCAUUAGAAAUCAGUUGAAGUCAAUCACUGACACGCCUUUGAGCGUCCAUACCCUGGCUAAUCUAGCCUCCAAAAUAUUCGAAGCUACUAGCGAGGAAGAUAAAUCUAACACAAUUGCUGCACUGUUUCCUACUCUACUGGAAUGGGAACAGGCAUACCAGCCGUUUUACGACCACCGCCAAACGCCUCAAUUGGCAAUGUGUGAGCCAUUUGCGGGCGCUCUCUUCUUGAUCAGAGAUCCACAACCUCAUCUUUACGAUGUUCCAAUGGAUGAUGAGGACCACUCUGUGCCAUUCAGGAUGGCUCUCUAUGCAUGCACUGUUACCCAGUCCAUGAUGCUGCAAAUGCCUUCUAAACAAGCUGCCGAGCUUUUGUUUUUCCUCUGUCUGGCACAGCAGCUCGUGCGGUCUCAGCAUACCACCGGCAAUUCAAGAUUUAUGUACAAUAAUUCUUGCAAUCAUAUUUCUGCUUUCGAUGAUAACUUGCAUUCCUUACUUGCGACUAUCAUAGGAGGUUCCACGAAUUGGAAGCGGAACAAGACCAGACAUGUUAACAACGAUACGACGUCAAUUCUGGAAAACCUAGUCGACAUUAUGUUGGAUAAGUCUAGCUACAACAACGCACUUGGAUAUCAUAGCGGUGUCGCAUUGAGUAGACUAUUCUCAACCAUUUCGUCAAUCAACGGACCUAUAUUCGACUGUGGCGAAGAGUGGUUGAAAGCUCGAAGCGUAUUUACGAAAGAGCUUCCCCGGCCGUUCACGACACUCGCGAUUUUGACUGGAUUUGGACAGGCUUUGAGCACUAGCGAAUCGGUCAAAUGGUUUUGCAAUCAUCUGUUUUCAGUCAUUUAUGGUAUCUCCGGUCCGCUGAGCGAGUCCAAUAUUGAAGAGGCAUUCCUCACUAUUGUGUUGUUGAAUGGUUGCCUGUGUGCAUACGACGAAGAUGAAAUCCCCACACCUACUGUUCGGAUGGUGAAAUCAGUCAACCAGAUUCUCUCUUGGACAGAUGGUAAGGACUUUUCGUAUCAAAAGUUCGCUGUAGCUUCGGAAGCUUGCAGAGCUCUCACGAAAUUAUUGCCGGCCCUGAAGUAUUCAUCAGGUGAACACUGGAAUUCAACACUUCAGAAGUUGUGUUUGUCACCUUGGAAAUUGUAUGCUUCUAUCGACAAGCUCCAAUUUCUACCAGAAAAUGUUCCCCACCCCGACGAGCAACUUGUACUUUGCUCUUGCUCGCUGCGAAUGUACUCCAGAAUUGUCAAGUUGAAGGAGGAUGAAGAUGCAACUGAUGAGCUAAAGGAUCUGUUCAAGAAGCAGCACGCCUCCCUCAAUCAAGGUCUGCUGGAUCUAAUGAACAUGCCUCGAUUUGUGGACAAUCCUGUUCUGGAAAUCUUUGACGGUUACCUCACAGCGCAGGUACUCAAGAUUCCCAUUGAAGAGAUUAAUCUUGAAGAAAUUUAUCCGCUCCUCGGAUCAAAUGCUCAAGCAACUCAAGCUACAGCCUUUGAGAUUCUCAGCAAAGUAUUACCAAAAUUGAUUGACGAUAUGACUGUGCGAGUCAUGGUGGACAAGAAAGGAGCUGAAUUGCCCGACGAGCUUCUUUCUCUACUUCUUUCGGACGCUCUCCAACCUCGUGAGAUAUCUAGUCCUCGUCUUGACUUCUUGGACGAUACUCAGAAUGCCCGUCGGUCAGUGCUCUUGGCUUGGAAGCUAGUCCUCCAAUGGUUUGGUCUGGCUCCGUAUAAAGUUCGCGCGAAGCUCCAGCAAAAGUUACAGGAGGCAGAUGAAUUGAAGAAGUUGCUGGAGUUCGUUUACCAUACUUUCAACGCGAAGGGUGGGGGGUUGCGGCCACUCUCGGACUUCCAGCUGGGUAAGGAAUCUGUGCGGGAAUACGAUGUAUGGGACGUAAGCCAUCCAUCUGGUUUACUCCACAACGUACAAUGGCUCUCCGCUCACGUAUACUUCCUGGCUUUGAAGUAUAUCCCUCAACUCGUCAAGUCGUGGUUUUUGGAUUUCACUCGUGCCGGCAAGGUGUUCAUGGGCGACUGGACCGAGCGAUAUUUCACUCCCCUCGUCCUAGAAGACUGCGUCGAAGAAGUCCGCACCUGGAGAGGAAACGGCGACGUUAUGGACACGCAAGACGGCAAACAACUGAUCAUCAAGCUCCCCGCUAAGAAAGGCAGCACGAUCACCGUCUCUUACGAAAUCGACGAGCAGUACUGCACCAUUACGCUGACUUUCCCCUCUCGCUACCCACUCGACUCCAUCGAGGUCGAAUCCGUCAGCCGUGUCGCUGUCCCCGAGAAGACUUGGAAUUCCGUCCUCAAGCAAAUCCAAGGCGCGGUCCGUUUCGAAGGUGGCAACAUUAUCGACGGCAUCGAAGUCUUCAGACAGAAUGUCGCGGGAUUCUUGGAUGGCCACGAUCCUUGCUCGAUCUGUUACUCGAUCGUGAGCGAGGACAUGAAGUUGCCGGAGAAGGGGUGCGCCACGUGUCGGAAUCGCUUCCAUACCGAUUGUUUGAUGAAGUGGUUCAAGACUAGUAAUGGGAAUACUUGUCCGAUGUGCAGACAGCCUUUCACUGGGUUGAGCAGACGCUAGGCGUGGUGAUGGACAGGAUCAGAUGGGAGAUUGGGAAGUGGAUAGUGGGGUGAGAGGGGGAGCAUGGGAGUGGGAGGGAUGAAUGUAUGAAUACUUGUCGUGCUUUUUUUGUAUGCAUAGCGUGGCGUUGGGAUGAGAUGAGAUGAUGAGAAACGAAGAAAAAAGUUAGACCAAGAAUCAAUUUGUCACGGGUUGGAUGCAAUGAGUC